UUCGAAAAAAGGCCACGAGGUUAAUCGACGAAGCUAGCGGCCAGCGUUCGUUAAAGUAGUUCUUCUCGGAUCCUCCAGAAGCGCGUUUCGUGUCACGACCAACCAGGAUGUCGGAAGAGAAGAAACCGGUGAAGAAGAGAGAGACUAAAUGGGCAUCCGUCUUGUGGUACAUUCACCUGCACGUCCUUGGACUCCUUGCUAUCUGGUUGGUGCUCACUUCCGCCAAAUGGAUGACAGUGUUCUAUACGACCCUUUUAACAGUCGUCAGUUGUCUUGGACUCACAGUGGGUGCUCACAGAUUAUGGGCUCACAGGACGUUCUCAGCCACAGGACCUCUUAGGCUCUUUCUCAUGUUGGCUCAUACUCUCGCAGGAGUGGGUCCAAUAUACGACUGGGUGUUGUAUCACAGGGUCCACCAUAAGUAUUAUGGGACCGACAAAGAUCCUUACAACCAUAAGAAGGGAUUCUUGUACAGCCAUUAUAUGGGCAAUUUCUUGUCACCGAAUGUGGACUAUGAACAUGCGAAACAUGACAUCGAUAUGCGUGACAUAGAACAAGAUGGCUACGUUUGGCUUCAGAAACAGUUCUACUGGCCAAUGUUCUUAAUAUUCGGUGUAAUAUUGCCUCUGAACGUGCCGCUGGCGUAUUGGGACGAAUCGAUGACAGAAACUAUACUAAUCACAGGAUUAUUACGAUUCGCUAUCACAGCGAACGUUUGCUGGCUGGUGAACAGCGGUCGACUGAUCUGGGCCAUCAAAGGCAACAAAAUUCCGCCAGACAGCAUCAGCGUGUUCCUCAUAACCGCGUCAUUUUGGCCACUGUACCAUUAUAUGGUCCCAUGGGACUGGAAAAGCGGCGAGUUCGGCACAUAUGGAGCCGGUUGCGGCACGUUCAUGAUCAAAAUGUGGCACGAGCUCGGUAUGGUUAACGAUCUGCAAACAACCAACACCGAAGACAUCAGAGAGAUGCUUCAUCGAGUAGCCAAGAAGGAACUAACCAUGGAAGAUGGUCUUGACCAGCUGAAAGAGACGUCCAUGUUCAACGCGUCGAAAGAAAGGCUGUUGAUUCGUUAUUGAACGAGAGAAACGAGAAGCUGCUUCAAUUCAUCGACGCUCAGAAUACAUACUCCGAUUUCAUCCUCCCCCCUCCUUUUUUAUAUCAAUCUGUCGCGAGUAUUUGUCACUUGGAACGAUUACGUGAUCACUAUCAUAUCCCUCGUAGACGUCGUUUUCACGUUAAAAGCGCAUUCUGAGCGUCGACCGACUCCUUUUAGAUUGUAAUACAUUCGUGACAAUAAAUCUCUAUUGUACUCUAACGAUAAUCAUUAUUAUUACGACGGUAAUUUGCUUCUUUUAUAAUCAUCAUAUAAAAUUACAAUUCGGAAAAUAUAGUAGGCUCGCAAGGUGAUCGAUUUUCAAAUCUUAGAUUUUAGUAGCUUUCGUGAAGAGAGACGUCGAAAGAAAAGGGGUGGGAAAGGUGUAUUUAUUCGUUUUACUGAAAGUCUGAGCGAACUUUCGAGCACACCGUUCGAGUAUAGUCUGCGGAA